AUGUGUGGCACGUGUCAUGCAGUUGGAUGUUGCAACGAGAAGGCUACUUGCAGAGUAAACCGACUAAGAACUGUUAUCCAAGUUCAAGGUCCGAAAAAACAGGCACUGUUGAGCCUGGCAGUUUGCAGAAAGCAAGACAACCAACUUUAUACUACGUGGUAUGACAUCGAAAAAGCAUUCGAUUCAGUUAAUCACGAAUACCUAUUAAGUGCAUUAAAAGUCUUAGCAUGCCAUCGUGGAUCAUCAGCCUCAAAAGUAGAGGUUUUUGAUGUGAUAGAGCUAGAGAUGAAUCCAGAAAAGUCAGCCACUAACACCGAGGUAUGCGCUAAUAAGACGGCCCUCUUGGAAGGAACUCAAAGGUAUAAAUACCUUGAAAUAAUGGGACGCAAGAGUUGUGCACCUACCGGUGAAAGCUACGAUAUUUAA